UUAGACAAUGGCAACUUCCUUUUCACUCUAUGCAAUCUUCAUUUUCUUCUUUUUAACCUUCUUAUCAUCCAUUACCACCGCUGACGCAAAUUCUAAACACCCGUUAUUCGCCUUUGAUCUCAUCCACCGCGAUUCUCCUCUUUCUCCACUCUAUAAUUCUGAUUCCACUUUUUGGGACAAAUCUGAGAGAUUAUAUGAAAGCUCAAUUGCACGCAAUGCAUACAUAGCUUCCAAUAGAAGAUUAGGUAAGUCCCAUGAUGUUAAUGUUGAUAAUUUCCUCUUCCUUGCAAAAUUCUCCUUUGGCUCACCAUGGGUUGAUGUCUUCGCGGUCAUUGAUUCCGGUAGUGAUCUUUUAUGGAUCCAAUGCAACCCUUCCGAGAAUCAGAAGCCAUCAAAAACCUUUACCAACGUAUCAUGCGGCUCUUUGAAUUGCAUGUCAGAUCAUGAUACGUAUUGUGAUGCCAAUAAUGUGUGUCGGUACCGUAACUAUUAUGUUGAUGGGAGUUAUACCAAUGGCUUUCUUGGCACCGAUUCAAUAAUGCUCACUAACCCUGAUGGAAGUAGGGUAGCCUUAGAAGUGACCUUUGGUUGUGGUAUUGACAACAACAACUCCUCUCAAGGCCAUUUGCCUGGAGUAUUAGGCCUUUCUGCAACCAAUUUGUCACUGGUUUCUCAGUUUAAAAGUGAUGUACCCCAACAAUUUUCUUAUUGCUUGGGCAAUGCAAGUGAUCCUUCUUCUAAAGGUAAUGUGAUCAUUGGUCCAUAUGCAGAAACCAGUGGCAAAACUACUCCCAUCACAUUUGAUAACCAUUAUCAUGUCAAUCCAAUUGAAAUUGAAGUGGGAUCUCAAAGUCUUAAUCUUUCUCCAAAGCUAUUUGGUCCUCCUGGGAAUGUGAUCUUAGAUAGUGGCACCAUAUACACAUUUUUACCACCAAAAGUAUAUAAGAAACUAUCAGAUGUUAUAUCUCAGACAAUCAAAAGCUUCAAGGUUACACCAAUACCACCUCCAAGACCAGGGAUGUCAUGCUACAGUGGAAAUAUUGGCAGAGACUUGAAUGGAUUUCCAACUGUGACAAUUCGUUUUCAAGGAGAAGCGGAGCUGGUUUUAGAGAGAUGGAGUAUUUUCAUCAAUGAUGGGAAGGAAAGAUUUUGCUUGGCUUUCGCUUCUACUGGUGGUUCCAUUAAGAGAAGCAUUAUUGGUGCCAUGGCUCAACAGUUUCACAAUUUUGGGUUUCAUAUUGAUACCAAGCAAUUGUCUAUUAUCCGUUCUGUUUGCUCAAUUAUCCCAUACUAAACUAUGCAAUUAAUUAAUAUUUUCCUUUUUGUUCUCUAUUUCA